AACUCCACUCAGCGUUUCCUCUCAGGGAGGCACUAAGACUUGCCGGAGGCCACACUCAUUCCCUCCGUCCCUCAGCUAUUGGGAAGCUAAUACAGUAUAUAGGAGGAGUUUAUGGGCACCUUUAAAACCCUGAGUCUCUGGGUUUGCCUGAUCAUAUCUUCUCUGCAUCCUGCCCAGUGAAGAAGCCAGUCACCAGAAUGAUCCCCGGAGGCUUGACAGAGGCCAGACCUGCCACUCCAGAAAUCCAGGAGAUUGCUGACCAGGUCAGAGCACAGCUUGAAGAGAAAACCAAUGAGAAAUAUGAAAAAUUCGAAGCCGUCGAGUACAAAACUCAAGUCGUCGCAGGAAUCAAUUAUUUCAUUAAGGUGGAUGUAGGCGAUGGUCAUUACGCGCACUUGAAAGUCUUUGAAGGUCUUCCUGGAAAAAAUGAGGGUUUGGAACUUAGUGGUUACCAGACUAACAAAACCAAGGAUGAUGAACUGACCUACUUCUAAGCAGCAAACACUAAAGUGACCUGAUUCCUCUCACUGUAAAGAGAUGCGGUCAUCAAUAAAGAAGUGUUCUUCAAAUAA